UUAGAAGAAGAAGAAGAAGAAGAGUGUGUUUGUUGUUUGACUUCGUAAUCUGAAUUGUUUAUUUAUUUAUUUUUUUGCAAUUUGUACGUGUGUUUAUGUUUUGUCGUUUCUUUGGUGUCGUCGUGAGCCGGGUUGCACAUUAAGAUCAAACGGCGCAGACGAACCAGCGGGGUGCUAACGCUAGCUGGUUAGUAAGCUUGGUUAGUGAGACGACAGAUCGUAUUAGAAUGGAAGAAAAAAUUAACGACAAUGCUAUUAAGACGGACAGUGCGUCUGCUGAUAACACAGACGUCGCCGCCGCCGAUACAUUAGACAGUAUUGGGAAACAUUACACUUUUGAAGAAAUACAACUUCAUAAUGUGAGCAGUGACAUGUGGAUCGUCAUCCACGAUAAGGUGUACGACAUCACACGUUUCCUUGAAGAGCAUCCUGGUGGUGAGGAGGUUUUGAUGGAGCAGGCAGGUACAGAUGCCACAGAGAGCUUUGAGGAUGUAGGCCAUUCCACUGAUGCCAGGGAGACGCUUCAGCAGUACUACAUUGGCGAGCUUCAUAUGGGUGACCGACAAAGUGAGAAACCACAGGAAGAAAUGUGACUAAUUCAGAAGUGUCCAGGUGCUCUUGGAUCAUGUGGAUGCUACCUGCCAUUGGUGUCAUUAUUGCUGGUAUAAUGUACCGAUACUAUACAUUUGAACACAAGUCCUUUUGAGUGCUGGUAUACAAUUUUUAUCAUUCAUUUCUUCUGUAGGCCUUGAAAUGUUUGAUUAAAUUGUUGUCCCACUUAACAAAUGCACAAUAGGGUUGGCUGCAUCCUUUUCAACAGAAAUACAAGCAGUCUGAUAAAGUACCUUUGACCUUUUUACCUUGUCAGUGACCUCAUUCAGUAGACAGUUGGAUAUUGUCUUUUUGCUUUUCACUAUGCCAAUUUCUUAUUCUGCCAUUUAAUAUGCAUUUAUAUUCUGUGUUUGUUCUCUUAAGUUUGUGUGCACUCAGAGAAAGUAACGGCGAUGAUUAUGUAGCUGUUACGCUGAUUUAUGACUUCCAUUGCAUUUUUUUGUUGCUUUAGUUGAUGCAUGAGACCUUCUUCUUUGGACACUUUAAAGCAGUAAUUCAUAUUUGUUCUGGUGUCAGUGAAUGCUCAGUUGCAUUUAUGUUCUAGUUGAAAAUGCAAAAUUUGUUAAUCAUGUACUCUGUGGCCAGAAAAACUGACACGUUUUUACCAUACCAUUAAACUAUCAUUCAGUAAGUAUGACAGAAAUUAAAAUGUUCACUUUUCUUCAGUCUUGUCUUUUUAUAUGUGAAGCAAUAUUAGGAUACAUUUUGAAACUAAUUGCUGGAUGAGAUGUACUGAAUAGAUAUUAUUUAAAGUGGAUUUAAAAUUUCAUGCAAUUUAUUUAGUUACAAAUGCAUUGGAGCACAGUGUAUAUAAAACCUGUUGAACUAAAACAAUCUGCCAUCAGAAACAUGGACUCCAAUCUCCAAAUGACCAUGCAGCUCAAUCAGAACCUCUUUUGGCAUAGUAUCAAUGAUGAAAACAAAUUAUUAAUUUUGGUUUGAGUAAGUGUUGGUUACAGGACACUCUGAAUUAUACUUGGAACAGAUGUAACUGUUUUGCUGGUCACUGAGUAUUUAAAUACAGUGUCAUGUCUUUCUACAUAUUUAUUUUGGAAUAAUUGUCAUUUUUGGUAUAAUUCGUGGGGUUUUCUUUCUUUAGUCCUCUUUCAAAUUUGUGAAUAUUAAAGUGCAUCAACAAAGCAAAGUUGGUAGACUGAAUAAAGCAAUUGUAACUGCAUGAAGUUGAUCAUUUUCAUGAAUACCCUUGAAAGAUAAUCUAUUUCAAAUGUCACUGCCAUUAUACAACAUGUUUUCACAAUUUUGUUUCAUUGUAAUGCAUUUUAAUGUUAUAAUUUAAAUGACUGUUACUACCAGCUGUUACAGGAGGCUUUGAAUGUCAAAUAAAAUUGGUCAGUUGUGGGUAUCAUUUUAUGAAUUGGAAGAAAUAUUAGAUUAAGUACAGUACCAUUGCUUACAUUCACUAGGAAAAAAAACAUUUGGUGAGAAAGACCACAUUUUUAAUUACUUUACCACUGUCCAAACGCCUCGUAAGACUUGAGUGCUUAAGUUUCAACAUAACAUAUUGCAGUUUGCACAUGUGACAAAAAUGUUACACAACUGAUGUCAACAUAAAUUGUCAUAAGUAGCUCUUAGACCAUAAAGAUUUGCAGACUCUUUGUAUUUCAUCUGUCAAGGUUCUGUGCAAAUACACUGGCAUUUAAAAGGAAA